UACAAUAACAGACACAGCCGUGAUCACACCGAUACACUGACCGCUGAUCCGGAGGGAUCCCGGGGCUGGGAUCGACUAGGAGAGGGGAUCCAGCACUGCAGACAUGGUGUCACCCGUCACUGUGGUGAAAUGUGAGGGCCCCAAGCUGGUGCCGUUCUUCAAGGCCACCUGCGUGUAUUUUGUGCUGUGGUUGCCAACGUCCAGCCCGUCCUGGUUCAGCGCCCUGAUCAAGUGUCUCCCCAUCUUCUGCCUCUGGGUGUUCCUCCUGGCCCACGGGGUCAAUUUCCUCGUCAGCCACCAGAGCGCCAAGAGGAUCCUGGCCGGGUUGAUCUUCUCGGCGGUGGGCGAUGCCUUCCUGAUCUGGCAGGAACAGGGUUACUUUGUCCAUGGCUUGCUGAUGUUUGCCAUCACCCACAUCCUUUAUACCUCCGCCUUCGGAAUGAAGCCUCUGGACCUCCGCACCGGAGCAGUGAUUGCCUUCAUAUCAGGCAUCUUAUAUACUCUCUUGUACUUUUACCUCACUGGCCCCUUUGUAUACUUGGUGGCGGUGUACACGGCGCUAAUAGCCUUCAUGGGCUGGCGUGCCGUCGCCGGGGUCCAACUUUGCAAUGAUCUCUGGACAUGGACCAAGCUCUCGGCCUGCAUCGGCGCCAUCCUGUUCAUCGUGUCUGACCUGACCAUUGCCGUCAACAAGUUUUGCUUCCCUGUCCCUUGCUCUCGAGCCAUCAUCAUGGCCACGUAUUACGCCGCGCAGAUGCUGAUCGCUCUGUCGGCGGUCGAGUGCAGGGACGAAGAUGAUUAUCGAAAGAAAAAGUAAAAACAAAAACAAAAAAAGUACUGGACUACGUUGGAAACAUGGGUACCUUUUUCCCAUCGCAAGGG